AUGCCUGCACCUACAUCUAAAUUCUUCAAAUUCUCUCAUCUACCGCCCGAAAUUCGCCGGCAUAUCUUCUCACUAGCACUGCCUGAACAAUACAUGGUUCCCUUAAAGCUGCACUUCUCGAUAGAAACGGGCUUCACUGUCACCUUUGAUCACGGGGCACCAUUUGACUUUGCAUCAGGACUGUCGCCGAUCAUUAAGCCACUCACAAUAGCUGGUCUCUCGCAAACUUGCUAUGAGCUCCGCGCUGUAUAUCUUGCAGCCUACCCAGACCAGAUACAUUUGCGAAACGGCGGUCUGAUCCACCUCGAUUUUGCUUCGAGCAUCAUUUACCUACGCCAAUUAUCCGAGCUCGUCUCGGACCCGCUCGCAAGCCCCUUCUUCCUCAACCCAACGGGUUUUCACGCCGCCAUUUUUGCUCAUCUUAAUGCCACGCCUUUUCCAGUAUGGUUCGCGCGUCUGUCAAAUCUCGCUCUCUCUAUCGAUUGUAUCAUUGAGUAUCCCGAGGCCUCGCCUAUUGUCUCACGACCCAAUAGUAGCGUCAUCGAGCAAGCUCUUUUUCCAAAAAUGCUGCGCCCCUUCCGCGCCUUGCGUCACAUUUGGGCACUCGCCGACGAUUAUUGGCGCCUAGACAUUUACUUUACGCGUACUGGAAAUUUUCAGCCCUAUCCAGGCGAAGAAAACAUCUCGGUUCUUGGCAAGCUAGCCGAGCGGGUAGAACAGCUAGAAUUAUGGGCUAAGUAUCAGCGGGCUAUGAUGCAGCGAUCGAAUGGUCCCAACACGCUCCGUCCACUCUAUGAGCCGCCUACAAUGGCAAUCUGGGGCAACGAGGAUAUUGAUCUCUGGGAUUAUCUCCUUGAGCCAAUCAACCAACUGAUACCUGAUAUGGAGCCCCGUAGUAUCCUGGAAGCAAUCAAGCAAGCACCUGUAUUCUCGCAUUCCAACGAUGUGAUGAGCCAGUAA